AUGGUCGACCGCCGGGGGAGGACGUCGUCCGCUGCCACCGAGCGCAGAGCUUCGGGAGGGACACACAUGGACCGAGUUUAUUUUCUAAAUUUCUGGUUGAUCUUACAGUAUGAAACUCAUAAAAUCCAGAAGGAAGGAAGAGGAAACUUCUACCCCUUUGUGUUCAAUGACAUCAUGGGUUUGGGAGAAGGGGAUGCAAACGGAGUUAAUACACAUGACAUCAAACUGGCUCUGGAGGGACAUGUGAAAGAGGGUUAUAAGUUCAAUCCUGUAUGUCCUCUGUCCCAUGGUGAUCCUGGCUACAACUCCUCACCAUCGCCUGGUGACAGAGUCCAUGUUCUGGUUUGUGUUUAUUCUGCCAAUGCCAGUGAAGUGAGAUCCUCCGUUUUAGAAAAAAUGAAGGAGAUCAGAGAAGCAGCCAGUGAGUUGGGUAUUCCUCAACUGGCUGUUCUCACCCACAUUGAUGAGGCGUGUGGUGAAACGGAAAAAAGCCUGAGGAACGUCUACGAGAGCAAAUAUCUGAAGAAAAAGAUGUCAGACUUCAGCUCCAAACUGGGGAUUCCAAUGAACUGCAUUCUCCCCGUGAAGAACUACAGUCAUGAAAUCAGCUCAGAUGAGGAUGUCAACACUCUCAUCCUGAAUGCACUGAAACUGAUGAUUGACUUUGGCGAUGACUUCAUCAACAAACCAUAAAGAGGCAGCGUGUAUUUUUGACGAGUGUCACUGCAUGAAUUAUGGCUUUGCUUACCAGGAUGAAAAAGUUCACAUUUUUUAUAAACAAAAAAAAUGUGACAAAAUAAAACCUAAACGUGAAAUGACAGACACACUUUGUCAUGAGUUUUUGAAAAAGAACCCAUUUUGCACACUUGCAUUUAAGUACCAGCAUGUGAAAAAAAAGACACGAAACAAAAAUGUCUCUGUGUAAUAAAUGUCUCUGUAUUAAUAUUGUUUAUAUUUUGUUUCUUGUAUAGACCACACAAGCCCAUAUAUAGAUGUCCAUCACCCAUCCUGUAAACUACUGUCAAA